GGCAGCGCGAUGGCAUCGAAGGUGGAGUCUGCGCUGCAGGCCGUCACACCAGCCAUCCAGGUCGCGCUGGCCAAAUACAGAGCUGAUGGCAAAAUCGUUGAGGCUUUCGACACAUUGACAGACACGCUGUCGGCCUACCCUUGCCUCAUGCGGAAGCAGUGCGUUCAUGCAGACUUCGCUGCGCCCCAUCCUAAGAAUCGUGGCGGCAUCGGUGUCACGCUUGGCGAGGCCUUCAGCAACGGGCUCAAGCAUUGCAACGCAGGGUGGAGCUACAAGAAGGCCUGCGCUGGAGCUUUUGCAGUAUCCAGGACUCCAGGUUCGUCGUUCUCAGAGCCCUGGGUGCAGUUCGGCAACGAGAACUCUGUCAACCAAGGUUUGCCUCCCUUCGACAAUAUUAUGUGUUUUACUUUCGGAGGCUCCCACUGCAGCGCCUUUUUGAGGGCGGUCCUGGCCAACGGCACAUGCACGCUGAACAAGCUAGCGCCCAGUGGCAGGUUGAUCAAGGAUGAGAUGGUCAAGAAUCAUCCUGCUAUGGAGCGCGGCCUCACGAGUGGCCUCGAAUGGACCUUGAUUCACGAAUCUGCUAUUCAACGUUUCCCAGACAUCUUGGAAAUCGGGUUCAAAGCAUUGAAUAACCAUGGAACGUCGCAAGUUUCUGAGAUGGAGGGCCUCAUGAGCAUGUCGAGUGCGUUCGCUAACAUGUGCAGCAAUGGCCUUGACGAGAAGACUGCGUGGAUGGAGGCUGUAUCGGAGAGCAUCAAGACAGAUCCGUUUUGGGCGGGUUGGUCAAUGUCUUUGGUGAAGCUGUGCAAAGUGGUCUCUUACGAACAGCUGUCGGAGGCCAGGGGCAUGUUUCAAGCAACGGUCAAGGUGCCCGAGCACUCGAGCAGUAACUACGGCCGCGUCGGCGGCAGCUUCAUCGAGAAGAUCGCCAACGUCCACUGGGCUGGUGAGGUCAUCCAGCACAACCGUGUCCGCCUAGCAGCACUCCCUUCGAACAUGCUAGCGCCGAUAGAGAAGAUCAAGGACGGGAGGUGCGACCUUCUCAAGGAGAGUGACGUAGGAAAACUUACUAGCAAGCAGUUGCCACCACUGGCAAAACUAGCAGAGAAGAUGAUGGACGACGCUCGCGACAUCUUGAAAAGCAAUCACCUCGAGCCGUCCAAGCACUGGGACCUUCUUUGCUUCCACGAUUGCAGACUGGUCAACACGAUGUUGAAUAAAGGGAAAGCUUCUCGUGAAGGCACACACCAUCCAGACCUGAUGUGCGCAGGGCAAGUAUUUAUAGACGCCGUGUCGGACAUCCUGGGCCAGCCCGUCACCAACCCCUGGGUGCCCAACCAUCGGCUGCUCUCCAAGGCACCAGAGGCCACCGAGGGGGCGCAGCGUAGAGGGAAGGAAGGAAGGAGCAAGAUGAGGUUUUUAAAAUGA